AUGUCCCUCCCUGACCUCCUCGCCCUCUUGACCACCUCAAUAAACAACCUGACCGCGCAAUACGCCUCAGCUGGCCAUGCCCUUCCAUCACUGGACACCCCAUACGAUUCAAAGAGUCCAGCGGAGACAUUCCGCUUGGGAAACCCAGCCGUCGUCGACGCGACAAAGGAAAUAAUAGCGGCCGCAAGCCAGAUUAUUGUGGCUGUUCGCGACCCAGUUGUAGGACUUUUCUUGAGCGCACAUUCGUUCAAUGUACCGGCGUGUCUGCGUGUCGCGUCAGAGCUGAAUGUCCCGGAAAUUCUGAGGGAGGCGAGAGAGCAGGGUGCCUCCGCGGAGAAAAUUGCGUCUUAUAGUGGAGUAGAUGCUGGACUGUUGGAACGCGUCCUUCGACUCCUUGCAACGCAUCAUAUUUUCCGCGAAAUUGGCCCCGGAAUCUUCACCAACAACCGUGUGUCGUCUGCAAUGGACAAGGGAAAGAGUGUCAAAGACUUAUUGGAGCGACCUGGUGAACGAUUCAGCGAGCCACAGUCUGGACGAGCGGCUCAUGUCGAAUUCCUGGCAGACGAGUGCUUCAGAAGCGCAUCGGUGCUUGCUGACACCAUGCGCGAUCCCAAAGCCUCCACUCCCCUGCUUCAGGCCUUCAACCAGCCCCCCACCGCGAAUUUGUUUUCCUUCCUGGAAACCUCCCCCGCCCGUCUGGGGCGCUUUUCCAUUGCGAUGGACGUGACCAUGACUACGAACCAGCUGGCGGAUGGGUACCCAUGGGUAAAUCUCGCCACAGGCGAUAAGAAGCUCGUCGUCGAUGUUGGAGCGGGAAUGGGAGGGUACAUCAUGGGGGUCGCCCGCCAGCUCGGGUCCAGCGACAAGAUCGAGUUUGUGAUUCAAGAUCGGGAGAAGACGGUCGUGAAGGCUCGCAAGAACUGGGAAGAGCAUCUGCCUGAGGUCGUCACGAAAGGCCUGGUCAAGUUCGAACCGCAAGACUUCUUUAAUGCACAACCGUCGCGAUCAGCACCCGUGUCGGUCUUUGUCCUGCGUCACAUCCUCCAUAAUUGGCCAAACGCCAAAGCCACCCAGAUCCUCCGCCGCCUGCGGGAUGCCGCGUCAGCAGAAACACAGCUGCUCAUCAUUGACCGGGUCGUCCGGCCCGCGUCCCUUGUCGAGUCUGCCCACCCCGAGAUCGUCGAAAGCAUUCCCGGCGCAAAACUCGCCCCCGCGCCGGCCCCCCUGCUGCCGAAUUGGGGUGUGGCUGGCCAGAUGAUGUACCAUUAUGAUUUAACUAUGCAUAAUUUGCUGGGAGCGACUGAGCGCACGGUAGAUGGGUUCGUUGCGCUUUUGCGUGGUGCUGGAUGGGAGCUAGUCAGGAUUCAUCGGGAUCCACACGCGUCGCAGUCGAGCAACUUGGUUGCACGGCCUCUCUUGUGA